AUCGCGAGGUUUCCGCGAGACAGAUGAACACUUUAGAAGCAAAAGAAGAAUGUCAUUUUAACAACAAAUGAAACAGAACUGAGGGAAACAAUCUUCUAAGGCAUGCGACAGUGUGCAUCCGCCCGUAAUCCAGUUUCCUUGUCUCCAUGACAACGCCUCCUCUUGCCGCCGGCGGCAUGACAUCUCAGUUCCCCGGGCAACAGGCGCAAGCUGCCCGAGAUGUUAACACGGCCUCCCUCUGUCGCAUCGGUCAGGAGACGGUGCAGGACAUCGUUUUAAGGACCAUGGAGAUUUUUCAGCUGCUGAGAAACAUGCAGCUGCCGAAUGGGGUGACGUACCACCCCACCACGCACCAGGACCGCCUGGGCAAGCUGCAGGAGCACCUGCGCAUGCUCUCAGUACUCUUCCGCAAGCUGCGGCUGGUCUACGACAAGUGCAUCGAGAACUGCGCUGGCCUGGAACCUGUUCCCCCAGAGCAACUCAUCCCGUACGUGGAGGAUGACAGCUCCAAGCUUGAUGAGCGAUCAGCCAAUCAGACGCGUUCGGCCAGCGAGGAGAGGAGGGAGGUCCUGGAGGUCAACAAGAAGCUCCGACAGAAGAAUCAGCAACUCAAGCAGAUAAUGGACCAACUCAGGAACCUCAUCUGGGAGAUCAACUCGAUGCUUGCUGUGAGAAGCUAAAAUCUCAUCUCUAGUUCUCUCUCUCUCUCUCUCUCUCUCUCUCUCUCUCUCUGUCUCUCUCUCUCUUUCUUCCUCAUUUCCUUUGUCUUUUAUUCUGAAGAUAGCUGCUGUAUUUUUCAAAGGAGGG